UGUCUCAGGCCAGAUUCAUUUUGUUCUGCCUGUAUUGUAUUUUCUGACGUCUGUGUUUUGAAGUCGGUAUAUUAUAUUUGAAAGGGAAGACGAUAUAGGGAUAAGGACUGGCUAUGUACUUUGGUGUGCUAACUGUAUUGGGCUUGCUGUGCUUCAAGGGACACACGAUGAAGCUGACCUGGCUGAUGCUAGCAGUGUGUGUGGCGCGGGGGACGUUCUACUUGAGUGCAUCCUCAUCACCAGAGAGUCACCGAGUUCAGAAACGUCAAGCCACAGUCGUCGUUACUCACGGCGUCGUCAACAUCGAUAGGCCAGGCAACUCGGCUGAUGAUGAUUCAGUUGAUGAAGCGGAGGAUCCUUCCCAUUUCAAUGACACGAAAUCAGAAGAGGAAGAGAAUGAAGACGAAGAAUUUAGCAAUGGUUCAAGGUCACGUCGACUUAUUUUCAAGGACAAAUCCGACCUGUGGCCUAAGGGCAUCCUUCCAUACAUCUUUGAGGAUGAUCUAGGCAGCGACGCCCGCAACGAAAUCUCCAUAACUCAGCGACGGAUCGAGAAGUACACCUGCAUCCGGUUUGUACCAUGGGUCAAGGGCGUCACCAAGGCAACGUACAACCUAUCCCACGAGGGUCAUCUAAACUUUGUCGAUGAUAGCGGCUGCUGGUCGUAUAUCGGAUUCGGGUCCAGCGCGAGUGGCAGGAACAUCAAAUGUUGCUCCAGGCACUACUGCACGCACGAGUUGGGUCACGCUCUUGGAUUUCUUCACGAACACACGAGCCCAAAGCGAGCUGGAUAUGUCCGUCCCAAUUUCCAAAACGUUGAUCCUUCAAACUGGGGAAUAUACGACAUUAAAAGUCAAAGCGACUAUGAGGACCUGAGGUUUGACAUGACCAGCCACAUGCAUUAUAACCCUACGGGUUACUCCAAGAAUGGCUGGUACACCCAGACAGUGUUGUUCCGAGACCUGCAGCCUAUGCUACAGAACAGGGGCAACGUCUACUACUCCUGGCACGCCCUGGCCCACGCCUACACCUGCACGGAGGAGAAGUGUCCAAGUGGGGCAGCUGUGACUUGCGUCAACGACGGUUUCGUCUCUUACAUCGACAACAGCACGUGCGCAUGUAUCUGCCCACCAGGUCUGGAUCCAGCUAAGGGCUGCUCUGACGUCAUAAAACAGGUGCCCGCUCCCACUAAAUGGCCUGCAGGGACGUACGCCAUGCCGUCAGCUACGGAAGGAUGCCCCGGAGAUGUAUUCCUGGACGGCUAUGUACAACACACCAGUGAUGGGGGCAGCACACAGAGCGCCACCGUGCACGUCAAGGGGGCGUUCACACCCAGCAGCUCCAAGUACCACUUCUGUGUAAAGAACAGUUCCACCAGUGAUGACGCUGACACAGCAGAAUGGGGACCCGGUAGAUACUGCAUACACAAGAAAGGAGAUUGUCCUACAGGUUUUGAAAGUGGAUACGUCAAAUACGACAACCUUGCCGGAACCACAACAACGACAUCUGGGUCCCUACCCGACGGCGUCUAUGAUGCAGACACUCGUCUUGAUUUCUGUUGCCGUGACGACGGCUACCCUAUUGUCCCACUCAAACUCCCCAACACUAAACCCUUCAUCUUGUUCCGCCACAAAGGAGAAGCCGACUCCUGUCAAGAAGUUGAUGGGAUGUUGGCGAAUCCGGAGUUCCUGCAGUUUGACGAUGACAGCGAAGGCCAGGCAGCCUUCAGCCCGAGGUUACUGGCAAAGAGAUUCAUUUACUGCUACUAUGUGCCAGCUGAACGAGCUUGUGGUGGCCUGUAUACCUUGACUAAAGAGAACCCCACACAGACCAUCACAUCACCUGGUUAUCCCAGCUUGUACCCAAACAACUUGGACUGUUUCUGGAUAUUUAAGGCACCAGAGGACUCAACUAUUCUGCUGAAUUUUGAUGACUUUGAGAUCGCUACUUCAUCAACAUCGGAAUGUGAAGAUGAGCUUUGUGUUAGAUCUGUACUGCUCGGCGAAAACCCCUUCACAUACUGUGGGGAGUCCCUGCACCGCACUAUCCGGACUGUACGGAACACGCUGUCUCUCAAUCUCCGGACUACACCCGAGGGGCAGAGGAAGGGCUUCCAGGCCCAAAUCAGUCUGGUCACACCUGAAAAUCACUGCUACAGGAUGGAUGACAAGGGCGUCACGUACAACGGGAAUGUCUCGUUCACGCGAGGUCGCAAGACCUGUCUUCCUUGGAGUGAAACAACCACGUGCCCACAUCACCUGUUUAAUCCAAGUGACUUUGAUGCCAACUUGAAAGAGAAUUAUUGCCGUAACCCCGACAACACGUUCCGGCCGUGGUGCUACACGGGAGUGUACGAGGGGCAGUGCGACAGGGACUACUGUGAUGUGUGUCAGCUGGAGAGCAAGUUCGACAACUACCCUGACUGUGCGGAACUAAAGGAGGCAGGCUUCUGCGAGAAGGAUCAGACGAAGGCGAGGGCUGGCUGUGCCAGAACGUGCGACACGCCCAAUGUACCUGUAACCCCAGUAACGACAUGUUCUGCACCCAACGUUGCUGCUGACGCUGACCCUGUGACGACGCUGAAUUGCAGCUACAACCCCGGGGAUACCGUCCAGUUCAAAUGUAAAUCUGGUACAGACACCCUCACCAGGACAUGUUUGACAGACGGGACGUGGUCCCCCGGAGGAUAUGUGUGUGGAAGUUGCCCCAAUGGCUGGAAGUUCUACAACGGCGACUGUUUCGUGUACGUCAACGUGGAGAAGAACUAUGCUGAUGCCGUUUCCCACUGUCAGACGCUGGGAGCUAUAGUUGCCCCCACCAAGGACAUGAAGGAACUAGAAUUUGUAUCAGGUUUACGGGAAAAGAAAAAAUUGAUUUGGAUCGGUGGCACAGAUAUUGACACUGAAGGGUCGUUCAAGUGGUCGGAUGGUGCCCCCUUUACCUGGACCAACUGGGAAGGUGGUAAGCCGAACAACUUCGCCAACAACCAGGACUGUGUAGAAGCUUAUACAGAGAAACACCAGCAUCUGUGGAAUGACAUGUACUGUUUUUCUGAGCGUACGUUUGUCUGUAGCAGGAAGAGAGACAGUCGUUCCAUCUGUGUGGACCGGAGACAGGACUGUAACACAAUCCUGAAAUCAUCGCCUAAGGCCUGUGUGGAGUAUGACAAGUUUGCAGGGGAGCAGUGCCCUCUAACGUGUGGAGUUUGUAACGAAAGCGGUUCAUCCCUCACCUGUUUGGUAGCCGCAGCCUCAACUAACGUCAUAUUGGAGGGGGCGACCGACAAGGUUCCACGUGGUCAUGUGGUCCAGUACAGGUGCAAGGAUGGCCAUGUACGACAGAGUGGUCAUCCAGAAAGGGCGUGUCUUGCUAGUGGUCAGUUGAGUGGGGAAGACCUUGUUUGUGAAGCUGUGGCAACGUCAGUAACUCCCAGCAACAACGUGGACCUCGUCGCCCGACUUGAAUACGGUAAUAAGUACUAUGCUUACCUCGGUGACAACGCCCUCAUGAGGAUCAACCGUGAAGGCGAUCUUACCCAAUGGGAAUAUUAUGCUACAACAGCAGGGAAGGCAAUGCUCCAGGUGUGGCGGCCAAGAAGCGACGUGGGAGAAAGAAAGUUUGAGUUCAUUGGUCAGAACCUACUGGACACAAAGAAAACUGGACGUAUGGAGGUCCUGAAUGUCCCCAUCAACGAUCGCAUCCCUGUUGAACCUGGCGACGUGAUCGGCAUCCACUACUUUGACCCUCUGAUUGGUAUAACCUUCACCAAGUGCAACAACGAACUGACGCCCGAGGCAGCCAACAUGUCGUGGAUCAACCAAAUAAUUUCAGACAUGGACUACUUCACUCCCGGCCAACAUUACACACGAGCAAACAAGAACAAGUGCUUCAUCAUGUCCUUCAGAGCCUGGGUCGGUCCUGUGGUCACGUGUGAUGUUCCUCCUGCCCAUCCUAACGCCAUCUUGAAAACAACAACCAACCCCGUCCGGAUUGCUACGGUAGUCAAGUAUGCGUGCAAAGGCGGAUAUGACCGACUGAGCGGAGACGCGCAGAGGAAGUGCCUGGGAAGUGGUCAAAUGGAAGGCGAAGAACUCAUCUGUGAAGACACAUCAAUGUCAGUAACGCCCAGUAACAACGUGGACCUGAUAGCGCGUCCUACCGACGGCAGCAAGUAUUGGAGCUACAUGGGCGACAACGACCUGAUGAGAAUCAACAGAGAUGGUGAGGUCGUGCAGUGGCAGUUCUUCUCGACCAGACAAGGGAGAGCACUGCUGCAGGUCUGGAGACCACGGUCUGAUGCCGGAAGUCGAAAAUUCGAGUUCAUUGGCCACAACUUGGUGGACAGUAAGGUGACCGGACAGGUGGACACAUUCGACGUCCCUGAGUAUGAGCGUAUCCAGGUGAAGAAGGGAGACCUGAUCGGUAUCUACUACUAUGACCCUCCCCUAGGGAUAGCCUUUACUAUGUGCAGUGCCAGCAAGCAUCCUGAGGCUUCACAGAUAUCCUGGAUUAACACAAAGGUGGAGAAUCCCUCUUACUUUGUUAGUGGGGAGAUAUACGACCAGGCGGUCAGGAAGAUGUGUUUCAUCAUGUCCUUCAGAGCAAUUGUCGGACCGGAAAGGAAAUACAAGUUGUACCCUACCAACUGGCUUCCACUUAUAAGUCGAGGGAGUGUAGGACCGGGGCGGUAUGUGUAUUCAGGCAUCAACGACAACUUCCGUAUCCAGCACGGUGGCCAGAUCAUCCAGUGGAAGUUCUUCUCCAAAUAUGUCGGAGACCUCGCGCUGCAAGUGUGGCGGGAGGUGAAGACAAAUCAGUUCAGCCUUGUUGGGCAGAACAUAGUAAAAACCAUCGACAACGCGGUACAAGUGGUCAACGUCAGCGCCAGCGACCGCAUCAGUGUGGAAGCUGGUCACCUGAUAGGGUUUCACUACGGCAAGAACAAGGGCGGCCUCUGUUACACCUACUGCAACGGUCACAACAACCCAGAGGCUACGAACGUCAGCUGGAUGGAACCUAGUAUAUCCAAUUCUGCAGAUAUCACACCAGACAUGGUGUUCACUUUCCAAAGGAAGACUUGUCGAAUUUUUUCUCUCACUGCCUUCAUCAAACCAGUGGACUGAUCUGACGAUGCUUCCGACUGACUCUGUCUAGAAAGUUUAAAGAAUAAACGAAUCUGAAAGCA